AAAAGUAUGAGUUACUAUAUUAACACUAGAUUACCUCACAAUCAUUCCAAUAGCUGCACGUGUACAUAAAAUGUUUUUGUUUGUUUAUUCAGUGACGUAUGCGGCAGACAUGGUUAGCUGAGGUGGCUAGCUUUUUCCUGAGCUAGUUAAUAAUAUAAACAAGCUGAAAAACAUUACACAGAUACUAAAAGCACAUGUUGUGGUAAACUAACGCCGCUAUGUAACUUAACACUCUGCAAUGACAAAAACAGGAUGCUCAUUGCUCGUUUCUAAUAAACACCUGCGUAAAUAGAACUGUUUGAAUGGAACAUCUGGCCAGAUGUGUCCUGCUUUCACUUCCCUGAUUCAUACAGUCAACAACUAGAGGAGGAGGAAAACCUGUAGCUAGACUCUAGAGCUCAGGCUAGGAAAAGGUUCAAUUGUUUAUGAUCAGGGUUUUCCCAAGAGCUUAUGUGUAAGAAGAACACAAUAAAUCAUAACCCUCAAGACUGAAGCACUGAUUACUUUACUGAACACCAGACAAGCCGAGUGAUCAGAUAUACUUAGUCUAACUAAUAUAAUUAUGCCUUUUUUCAGUGAUUUGUGUCUUCUGUUCAUGAAUUUCCCCACCCCAAACUCCAACAAAUACUGUGUUUAAUUUGUGUGCAGAUUUUAUAUAUAUUAUUUCAGUUACAUUGAUGCAUUUCAUAUUUAUGAUUAAGAAAUUAACCUAUAUCUAUGAAAAACACAAGUUCGAGCAAUACAUUGCUAAAACAAACAAACAACUAUAAUUAAUGUUAAAUAUAGUCAGAUUUAUGUAAUAUUUUUUAUGAGAUCACAAUUAACCAAAUAGAAGAUUCUUAACAAAUUUCUUUUGACGAUUUUGACCAAUUUCAAGCUGUUUUUCCUAUUCUACCAUAGAUACACUAUAUUGCCAAAAGUUUUGGGACACCCCUCCAACUCAUUGAAUUCAGGGAUGGCCCCUUUCUGUUCCAUCAUGACUGCACACCAGUGCACAAAACAAGGUCCAUAAAGACAUGGAUGAGCAAGUUUGGUUUGGAGGAACCUCAACCCGAUAGAACACCUUUGGGAUGAAUUAGAGAGGAGACUGCAAGCCAGACCUUCUCAUCCAACAUCAGUGCCUGACCUCACAAAUUCGCUUCUAGAGGAAUGAUCAAAAAUUCCCAUAAACACACUCCUAAACCUUGUGGAAAGCCUUCCCAGAAGCUGUUAUAGCUGCAAAGGGGCCAACUCCAUAUUACAUUCACGUGCAUGUAAAGGCAGGCAUCCUAGUUUUUGCCUGGCUCGCAGUCUCUGCUCUAAUUCAUCCCAAAGGUGUUCUAUCGGGUUGAGGUCAGGACUCGGGUGGAGGGGUGUCCCAAAACUUUUGGCAAUAUAGUGUAGAUGUUGCAUCUUUCUAGGAAAAAAAAUAGAAUUCAUCAAUAUUUUCUAUUAUACUGGUUCACUUUUCUAAAUAGUUCCUGCCAAUAGAACAAUAUAAUUCAAACUUGAUAUAAGUCUAGAAUUAGCUUAAUUAACCUUGCACUUAGUUUAUUUAUUUUCAUUGCCAUAAAAUAGAAAAUACAAGAUAAAUGAGAAUUAAUAUUUUUACUUAUAAGAUGUAUUUUUUUUUGAUGACACAAAGCCAGAAAAUGCUCUAUGUAGUGGAUAAAGUGUAGAUUUGGAGUGCUUUGCACUAAAAAUACAUUCUUCUAUUCUUAAAUCGCUCUCAGGACCAUUUCCUGUUUCCUUAGGGUGUAAAUAUGAGGUUGUGUUCUCUCAAAUAGAAGAAAAGGGAAGAUAAUUGUUAACCUGACAUUUAUAUUACAUUUAUGGCAUUUGGUAGACACAUUUAUCCAGAACUUUCAUGGUACGUUUAUCUCGUUUAUACAGCUGAGCAUUUGGGUUAAGGGUCUUGCUCAGUAACAGCUGGUUGGUGCUGGGCUUUGAAUUCACAACCCUCUGGUCAGAAAUCUACCACUGACUUGCCUGUGACCUGCACAAGUUCGGCGAAUGGAGAGAUUAGUGGGUGUGGGUGUGGGGCCGCUGGCUGUAGGUGCAGUUGGUCUUCUGCUGUUACUGCGGAUGAUCCACAGAGCGAGGCUAAAGCAAAGCGUCCAGGAUAAAGUGGUGGUGAUCACUGGAGCCAGUUCAGGCCUGGGCAAAGAAUGUGCACGAGUGUUUCAUGCUGCGGGAGCACGACUUAUCCUGUGUGGACGCGACCAGAAGAGGCUACAGGAGGUGGUGGAGGAGUUAAGGGUUAAAACAGAUAGUAAGACAAAGACGUAUACACCCUGCACAGUGACCUUUGACCUCUCUGACACGGAGAGUGUGACCAAGGCGGCGGCGGAGAUUUUGAAAUGCCACGGUCACGUGGACGUCCUCAUUAACAACGCAGGUAUUAGCUACCGCGGUUCCAUCCUGGACACACACGUGUCUGUGCAGAAGAGCGUCAUGGACACAAACUACUUCGGACCUGUUGCUCUGACUCAAGCACUUCUUCCCUCCAUGGUGGAGCGAGGUGCUGGACAUAUAGUGGUCAUCAGCAGUGUGCAGGGGAAGAUCGCCAUUCCCUACAGAUCUGCUUAUGCAGCCUCCAAGCACGCGACACAGGCGUACUUCGACUGCCUACGAGCCGAGGUGGAAAGAUUCGGCCUACAUGUGUCAGUCAUCAGCCCCGGAUACAUUAGAACCAACCUGUCACUCAACGCUGUUACUGGAGAUGGAUCCAGAUAUGGAGUGAUGGAUAAGACCACCGCAGCAGGAUGGGACCCGGGAGACGUGGCUCGAGCGGUUCUGAAGGCUGUCACUUAUAGACAGAAAGAUGUUUUAUUAGUUGGACCACUGCCUGCUCUCGCCGUCUAUCUCCGCGCUCUCUGGCCGGCUGCCUUCUUCAGAGUGAUGGCCUCUCGAGCCAAGAAAGAGAAGGGAAUAAAAGAACAAUAAGUCGCAGCCACGGUUCAGAGCCUCUGUUUUGUUUUUCUAAAAGUAUAAUAAUAAUGGAACUUCAAAUACACCUUCAGUGAAACCAAUCGGUAGAUCUGACGGAAGAGUCCCUCCAUUUCAAGCCUUAGUUUGCAUCUUUCCUGGUAACACUAAAAUUCAGGCAGAAAUACACAAUGCCCAUAUCAGGACACCAUUUCCACACGCAAACACCUAGAAGCAAUUUAGAGAAGCCAGGCAACAUACUGGCAUGUUUUUGUACAGUGAGAGGAGAAGUGAUGGAAUCCCAUGACAGCAAAAUGAGGUCAGGAUUGAAGCUGGAACCCUGGAGCUGAGGGCUAAAGCAACCUGCUGCACUAUAAAGUGACUGUUUAAGAUAUUGCCAUUUGAACGUAGAUCUUAAUUGAUAAUUGUUGUAAUGUAAUGAAGCUAAUAAACUGAAUUAAUUGUUUAAAGAUUAA